CGAAAAGAUAAAAGAGAAUUUCGGCCCGUACUCUCAAACGGUGCUUUUUUCUUCGGACGGUCAGAUCACGGUCUUCCGCGAAUGCACAGGGGUACAAACGGGAAAACGGUGGAAAAUUAUUACGUUACGAUUUUUGAUCCAUUACGGAGCUUUGAAAUUUGAUUGAUUCGAACGGAAACGAUAGAUUUAAGUAGUCAAUUCUAGUUGUAUAUUGGUGGCGAUUUGAUUUUCACUUGGAAUCACAACGAAAAACAGGAAGGUGACAGAAAGGUGAAAAUUCGAAACAAGCAAGUGAUAUAAGAGUGAGAGAGAAGUGACAGGAAAAAAAAAAUCAAGAAAAGCUGUGAUAUUUUAAGUUGUAGAAGAAAUUUUGCUCAACUUUUGCAAAAGCGAAAAAUUUGCGUGUCCGUGGUGAAGUGAAUUUUGAAAAUUAUCUGCACCCAAGUCGUUGACCUUGCCGGAUCCGGAAGGAAAGGAAAGUAGUGUUCAAAGAGCAGAGUAAAGCGAAGCAAUGAGUCCGAAGCCGCACGAGUUCCUGGUCAUACUGACGCGUAAUUCUCCUCAGAUUCCAUGGGGAAUCCGGCUGGUUGGUGGAACCGACCUCAACGCUCCGCUGAUCAUCACCCGGGUUCAAGUAAACAGCCCGGCACAGAAGGAGCUUCUGCGUGGCGAUAUCAUUACCAAAAUUGACCAGUACGAUGGGCGCGAUCUGACCCACAACGAUGCGCAGAACUUCUUCCGCAAUGCCGGCAAUCAGAUUAAAAUUACGAUCCGACGCGAUGACCAAGUCGCUCUGCAUCAGAGCGCACACGAACCGAAUGGCUACGGUGCUCCCGCAUACAGCCCGGCAAUGAGCCCCGCUCCACCGACAUACGCCGCUCAGCCAAGCCCAGUGCCACAACAACAGCAGCAGAAGCCGCAGCAACACCAUAACUUCCCGCCACCGGAUCCAUCCAGCAUGUUGCCAAGAGUUUCAUCGCCACUGCCACAUGGUCCACAGGCCUACGCUGCGGCUUUGGAGCAUCCACUGGAGACCUUGCCACACACGAUCUUCCCAAAACUGGACGCUAGUGGUGCCUAUCAGCUACCAAAGACGCCAUAUCCACCAAUGGCUACAAAUUACGACGAAGCCAACGAGGCGCUAACCAAUCAGCCAUACCGUACUACACCGCUAGUCCUUCCCGGUGCCAAGGUACCGAAAAAGGAUGCUCUACCAACAGAAUCCUACCUCAGACACCACCCCAAUCCAGCAAUGCGCGCACCUCCAGUACAUGACUUCACAGAUUCACUGUUGAGACAGAAGGCCGCCGAGACUAUUAUUCAUCGUGUCGUAGGAGAAGAAAUACCCAGCGGUCCAAAGAUUGUCCACAAGCAGUUCAACUCACCGAUCGGAUUGUACUCGGAUAGCAACAUUGAGCACACCGUCAGAGCAGCUGCCCCACAGCCCCAAGCCGUGCCAUCAAACGGAUUCACAAGCCGCCAUCGGCCCACCAAAAUCGAAGGCUACAAGAAAACCGUCGUCUUUGACCCGAGCAAGAGCGAAACCUACCGUGCCCUGCAGGAGGGAGCUGGCGAGGGACUCCAGGAAGUGACCACGCCCGUCCAGACCCGUGCCUUCCACGGAAAUCGUAUGGUACCAGGCAAGAAACCAACCGUGGCCCAUCCAGCUCCCCAGCCAGAAUACGCUCAGCACGUCAACUCGAUGGGUGAAUCGAACGAGAAGAUCCACCAGAGUGGAUCUUUCAAACGUUUAAUGCAUCACGUACUGUCGGAAACCGACUACUAGAGCACCCUCUGAGGAAGAAGUCGGAUUCCGGUUUUAACCAUAUUAUUUCUUCCUAGGUUAAGCAUAAGAACAGAUGAAGGAAACCUUGUUUCCUACAAUUUUUUGGUUUUCUUGAGAAGAAGAAUAAACGCUUUUAACUACUCUACUACUACUACUAUUACUCAUUUGAAACUGUCUGUUACGUUGAUGAACCAUAGGGCUUUAACAAUUGAGCAAUAUCUUAUGAUCGAGGAAAGCAUAGCAAACUAUAUAGUUAUCCAUUAUUUAUCAAUUCUGUUGUUUGGAUUACGAAAUGCAGCACACUUUUAGUCUGUCACAAACGAGAGCUUCUGUAAGAAAUCCUCACCGGUUGAGAAACAACCAAAUGUUAGUAACGAACUCAGUGUAAAUAAAUCGUUUUAGGGCAACGUUGUUGAAAGGAGAAAUUUUGUUGCCACUAAACUUUAACCAAAAUGAAUAAAAACAGAAUAUUUAUUAGUGUUA